AUGGGCUGGAAUACUCAUGCGUCGGGCACCAAUGAUCCGCCUGAGGUGCGGAACUGGCGAAUCCACCUGAUUGCCACGGUGGCUUCCAUGUCCGCCCUCGCCAUUGGAUAUGACACUUCUGUUAUCGGAGGUACCAUGGCAUUGACCUCUUUCAUGAGGGACUUUGGCCUAGACCUCGUCGAAAAGACACAGCGCGACACCAUCCAGGGAAACAUUGUAUCCACCUUUCAGGCUGGCUGUUUCUUCGGUGCCCUGUGCACAUUCCCCAUCGCAGAGAAAUGGGGUCGUAGAAAGACCAUCAUGGGCGCAGCCCUAGUCUUCCUUCUAGGCGGCGCCCUCAUGACCGCCGCAAACGGCAAUCUCAACAUGAUAUACGCCGGCCGGGCCGUAGCAGGUCUCGGUCUCGGCGCUUCAUCCCUCACCGUCCCUGUCUACAUCAGCGAAACUGCUCCGCCGUCUAUCAGAGGUAGACUCGUCGGUAUUUUCGAAAUUGCUUCGCAGGGCGGUGGUAUGCUUGGCUUUUGGAUCAACUACGCUACAGACCGCACCAUUGACGUGAACACAAAGACGCAGUGGAUUGUUCCGCUGGGUCUGCAACUUGUUCCUGGUGUGGGUCUUGCGUUGGGUAUGCUUUGGUGUCCUGAAUCUCCACGUUGGUUGGCGAGGGGUGAUCACUUUGAAGCUGCUGAACGGAUCCUCUCACAAAUUCGAGGUUUGCCUAUUGAUCAUGAGUACGUCCGUCGAGAGAUGGGCGAUAUUCGCGCACAGGUUGAAGAGCGCAGUACCAACAAGAUGAGCAAGGGACAGCAGUUCAAGAAGCUUUUCCAAAAGGGUGUUCGCAACCGUAUGGGUAUUGGUAUGGCGCUCAUGUUCUUGCAGAGUUUCACUGGUGUCAACAUCAUCACUUACUACGCUCCUCGUAUUUUUGAGAGUCUUGGUAUUUCUGGUACUUCGACCAAACUCUUCUCCACUGGCUUUUACGGUAUCUCCAAGACACUUGGUAUGGUGCUUUUCACGUUCUGGGUUGUUGAAAAGGUUGGUCGAAGAAAGGGCCUUAUCUGGGGUGCUGCCUUGGGCUGUGUUCCCAUGCUUUACAUCGGUGGGUAUGUCAUGAAAGCUGAUCCUGCUGCUGCGGCGGCUGCUGGUGUUGUUAAUCGUGAUGGAUGGGGAUAUUUGGCGAUGGUAUGUGUGUACCUCAACGCCGUCAUCAUUUGCGCGACAUGGCAAGGAAUUACGUGGACAUACGCCUCUGAGAUUUUCCCUUUGGACAUUCGAAUGCUCUGUGUCGCCAUCACUACCGCAGACACAUGGCUCGGCUCCUUCAUCAUCGCACGCUCAACACCCUACAUGAUCUCCGACCUUGGAUACGGCGCAUACUUCUUCUUCGGUUCAAUUCUGGUGUUGAUGGGAAUAUGGUCCCUCUUCUUCGUCCCCGAAACAAAAGGUGUUACCCUGGAAGACAUGGACGCGCUAUUCGCACAGCCAGUGUACAAGACAGUCUGGGCCCAAAUGCGAGGCAAACCUGUUCUGGAAGCGGCUCAUCGAUCCGACUCGCCGUUUGACGAGGACGAUGAGAAGGCGCGGGAGCUGAGGAUACCUUAG